CUCUCUCACACUUCUGCUCACACUGCAUCAGAGAGUAAACAUGGCUGCGAACAGGGUGAUCGUGUACGGAGGACGGGGAGCUCUGGGCUCAAAGUGUGUGCAGCAUUUCAAAUCCAAAGGAUGGUGGGUUGCAUGCAUCGACAUGGCUGCAAACGAGGAGGCAAACGAGAACGUGAUCGUGAAGCUGAGUGAGUCUUUCUCCGAGCAGGCAGGACAGGUGACGACAGAUGUGGCCAAGUUGCUAGGGGAACAGAAAGUGGAUGCCAUCUUGUGUGUGGCAGGAGGAUGGGCGGGAGGAAGCUGUAGUUCCAAAGAUUUAUACAAAAACACAGAUCUGAUGUGGAAACAGAGCGUGUGGACCUCUACUAUCUCCAGCCACAUAGCCGCUCUGCACCUAAAACCAGGAGGACUGUUGACUUUGUCCGGGGCCAAGGCUGCCCUGUCAGGCACUGGAGGCAUGGUGGGCUAUGGCAUGGCCAAAGCUGCCGUCCACCAGCUGUGUCAGAGUCUCGCAGCAAAGAACAGCGGGAUGCCAUCAGGAGCCGCUGCUGUGGCUAUACUACCGGUUACCUUGGAUACGCCGAUGAACAGGAAGUUCAUGCCUGACGCAGACUUCGGCUCCUGGACACCGCUGGAGUACGUCGCAGAAAUGUUCUUCAACUGGGCUGCAGGUGUGAACCGACCGGCUUCAGGAAGCUUAAUGCAGCUGCUGACCUCCGGAGGGGAAACCCAGGCUACGGCCGCCGAGUAGAGGACAGAGAGGAGCUGUGGAGACGGUGAUGGGGGAGUUGGGGAGGGAGAGAGGGAGAGAUGAGGAGAUGGAGAAGCCCAGAGAUAGAGACUGGUAGAGCGAGGAGGAGGAGGAUAAGAAUAAGAGGGUUUAAAGGUGUGGAGGUGAGGACGAGAGAUGUAACAGAGAGGAAGGGGAUAAAAUAAGCAGGCAGAGAGGAGAAGCUGGAUGGGUAUGUUUUGGAAAUGCAGCCUCAGAGCGCCAUCUAGCUGUUAGAAUCUAAACUGUGUUAUGUGUCCGGUAACGGUAUUGACACUCAUCAAUUGUGUUCAACAAAUUCUGGGACUAAAUCAAGGUGUUAUUUCAAAGAUUAGUGAAGUUAAUGUGUUAAAUAAGACGCAAUUCAUAUGAAAAUGUCCAUGUAGCUUUUUGGGGGCAGGACUGCAUUAAUAUAUAAUAUAUUAAAUAUAUAAAUAAAUAAUAGUAACUAACAUUUGUUUUUACAAUAAGCCACUUCAAAUGAUGAAGGCACUUGCAAAUGACAAAUGACAAGAUGGUACAAAAUGUAAACCAUACUUUGGUGUUUCAUUUUUACCUCUUUACUUAAGAUAUGUAUAUAUAUAUAAAUAAAAAUAUAUAGUAUAAUAUGGUAAUGUGUCACAGCAGUGUUAAAACAAUAACAAUAAUUAUAAUGGAGGAAAUUGCUGAAAAUGAAUUAGCUCUCUCAACUUCCUCUAAAAUGCAUCACCAAAGUUCCAAUCAGCAUCUUCAUACCUACAUUAGCUUCAUUCAUUUUCCUUAACAUCUGUGAAACCCGACACAUGACGUGGUCAGUCCAUUGUGACGUGAGAUCUGUGGAUCUUUUUAGUUUUCUUAGCCACGUCCCUGAAAGUCCUCUUCCACUGCAGAAACCUCAAAGUGUGAGAAAGCCGCUGUCUUCUUCUCUCAAACGGACAAUAAGGUUUUAGGUGAAGUGGCCUUAUUUUAUGUUCGUAGCUGUCAAAGUGUCCUUGUUGUCCGCGGUGCUCUGUUCCUGUUGUGGGUUUUCUAAGUUGUGUAUUGUAACUGUGUGAAAUUCACAAUAAAAUGAGUCAAAACAAAGAA